AUGAGACAUCUGAAUGUAGUCAACAGAAAAAAUACCCUGAAGGUUGUCAAAGAGCUUGAUGCCUUCCCAAAAGUUCCUGAAAGUUACAAAGAAACCACAGCCACUGGUGGAGGAGUGUCAAUCCUCACAUUUGUGAUUAUCAUCAUCCUCGUCAUCUCUGAAAUAAUUUAUUACUCUGAGUCAGAGCUUGAAUUUGAUUAUCUGGUGGACACAAAUGUUGACGGGAAAUUAAAAAUUAAUGUUGAUAUCACAGUAUCAAUGAAAUGUCAUGCAAUUGGUGCAGACUGUCUAGACAUGACUGGUCAAGAUGUGCAAGCAUUUGGUCAGUUGCAACAGGAUGAUGCCUAUUUUGACCUGACCCCUGCCCAACAACAAUACCAGAACAUGCUCCAGGAAUUCAACCAAUAUCUACGUGAAGACUACCAUGCAAUACAAGAGGUUCUUUGGUUGACUAGUGGUGUUGCAUCUCUGGCUGCAUCAAUGCCUGACCGUGAUUAUAAAAGAAGUGGACCUCCAGAUGCCUGCCGCAUUCAUGGUUCUUUAUCAGUUAAUCGAGUGGCUGGCAACUUCCAUAUCACAGCAGGAAAAUCAAUUCCUGUCAUACCUCGUGGACAUGCUCACUUGGCCUUACUUGUGCCAGAAAGUGAGUACAAUUUCUCUCAUAGAAUUGAUCAUUUUUCAUUUGGUGAACUGGGAUCAAAAUUUGUUCAUCCCCUUGAUGGAGAAGUGAUGGUGACAAAAGAUAACUAUCAUAUGUUCCAGUAUUUCAUGCAGGUUGUCCCUACAGAGGUGCGUACUUACAAAAAUAAUAUGGACACUUAUCAAUUUGCAGUCACAGAAAAGAACCGAACAAUUAACCACGACAAAGGAAGUCAUGGUGUAGCUGGCAUUUUUAUAAAAUAUGACUUGGCAUCCUUGAAAAUCAGAGUUCGAGAAGAGCAUAAGCCUUACUGGCAGUUCUUGGUUCGACUGUGUGGUAUUAUUGGAGGAAUGUUCUCAGUUUCAGGAAUGCUCCACGGUUUGGUUGGUUUCCUGAUAGAUGUCUUCACAUGUCGUUUCCGUUUCUUUUCCCAAAAAGAACAGGAAAAGGAAAGUGGCACUGUCCAGCCAGCCACGUUAGGAGACUUGCCUUUUGACAUGGUCAACACGUUCGUACCUCCAGCAAAAUCAAACCUUCCAGUGUCCCCAACCCUGGACACCCAGUUCCCCAUUCCUCCUUCAUCCUUAACCUAA